CGUCAUUUAAUAUAUCAUAUAUAUAUAUAUGUCUAUAUGAAAGUUACAGAGGGUGGCAGCAAGACAGGGCAGGAGUUUCUAAACAAUCAUAGUGUACCUUGAACUGUGUGCGUGUGUAUGAGGAACAUCUACGGAUCCUUAUUAAGAAAAAAUGCUGCUGUGGUUGGCUCUGUCGUCGAUGGUUUGGACUGUGUCGUCGCUGUCGUCUCCUGCCCGACAGCUGCAGUCAGGAGCAUUUCGAGGCGGAGUUUGUGAUACCUGACGGCUGCCAAGAUGGCGAGUGGACAGCUGUCCUGCAGUUUGAUGAAGAUGUCAACUCUGUUAAGCUGCUGGAGGCAGACACUGUCCAGAUCAGCCCUAGAAAAUACUUUGUCACCAGCAAACCCAGGGCGACAGGAGCCAGCAGCCUGCUGACCUUUACUUUUAGAGGCGAUGGUGGGGGUCAGAGGGUGCCCACAGCAUCAGUUAGCAUCAGUGGUUGCUUGGAGAGUGGUAAAAGCAGGGACUGUCUGCACGUGCUGCAGAAACAGAGGAGCCGUUAGCUGACACAGCAAGAGGACAGCCGACAAAGAAUUAUACUGAUGCCUUGGGAAAGUCUAUUUUGUUCUACGACACCCAGCGGUCGGGUGUACUUCCACCCAACAACCCCAUUCCAUGGCGAGGCAACUCGGCUCUCAACGACUGCGUUGUGGGUGGAUGGUACGACGCGGGCGAUCAUGUCAAGUUCGGUCUGCCCCUGGGUGCAACAGUGCAUCUGCUGCUGUGGGGACUGUACCUGUUUAAAGACGGGUAUCAGCAGGCAGGACAGCUGGACAACAUGUACGACAUGAUCAAGUGGCCACUGGACUACUUCCUGCAGGCGUGGGACCCGGCUACCCAGGAGUUCGUAGCUCAGAUCGGUGACUCUGAUGUGGACCAUGCCUACUGGGGUCGACCCGAGGACAUGACGAUGCCCAGACCCUGUUACAAGGUCAGCCCCAAGUCUCCAGGAGCUGACCUCGCCGGCGAGGCGGCCGCGUGCCUGGCUCUUGGCUCCAUUAUUUUCAGGGAUAAAGGCGACACUACGUAUGCCGACAGGCUGCUUGAUGCUGCGAAAUCCCUGUAUGCCUUCGGCAAGCAGCAUCCGGGCAACUACACAGAGGCGAUACCGGAACAUGCUCGCGCUUACACCUCUGGUGGCUACAAGGACGAGAUGUGUGAAGGAGGUAUAUGGCUGUAUCGCGCCACCAACGACACCCAGUACCUGGUGGACGCCAAGUCUUACUACGAGAACAACAUCGCCUGGGCACUCUUCUACGAGUACAAACAGACAGCCUGUCAGCUGCUGCUGUACGAGGAGACCGGUGACCGUUCAUAUAAAGAUGUGGUGGUGCAGUUCAUGGACAGCUACAUGCCGGACCAGAUGGACUACACGCCGUGUGGCAUGGCCUUCAGAAACGAGUGGGGCUCCAACAGAUAUGCUGGCAACACGGCCUUCGCAGCUCUGGCAGCAGCCGAGGCGGGAAUCAAUGUGGCGGAGUAUCGCAGGUGGGCAGUGGAGCAGAUCAACGUGUUGCUAGGAGACAACCGCCAUGAUGGGGGCUGCUUUAGCUACCAGAUUGGCUAUGGAACCAAGUACCCCUUGAGGCCGCACCAUAGGGCUUCCUCCUGUCCUGACGUGCCGUUGCCCUGUUCAUACGACAACCUGCGCUCUCCUGACCCCAGUCCGCACGUGCUGGUGGGGGCGCUGGUUGGAGGACCAAAGGAUGCUCAGGGUAACUACGUGGACAACCGCGAGGACUACGUGGGCAAUGAGGUCGCCAUUGACUACAACUCUGGAUUCCAGUCGGCGCUGGCAGGCAUUAUUCACCUGAUAGCGACUAACAACUUUCCAUCAACAAACAAUACCUGCCCCUGUGAGAAUUAGUCAUCCAGGGAUUGUCUUGUCUACAGUGACAGUUGAUGUAACAAUGUGACAGUUUGUUACAGUUCAAACAUGAAUUCUUCUAACUAGUAACAAGACUUUCUAUCUUUAACAAAAAUGUACUUAAGAACUUUUCACUAAAGUUCAUUAAAAGAAAUUUUUGAAAUCUCAGGUCACAAGAUAUCGCUAGCCCGCUGUUUAAAAGAUUUAAAUGUUCUGAAAUCAUUCUUACUUGUGAAUGGAAUCUCGUGUAGCUAUGUUUAUUGAUGUCAUCAGUAUAACAAAUAAAAACUCUGUGAAAAACUCAAAUUUAGUUUUAAUAAAUGUGAAGCAAGGAAGAAGUCAAAACAAAAUA